UGCUGCUGCGUGCCGGCGCUGUAACGUCACGCCGAAUGGCGGCGUGCUGAGGAGUUCAACGGAAUAACGCGAAGCAGUCUCAUGUUGAGGAAGACCUCCGACCUCCGUGCUCCGGUCCAGACUGGAUUCUAACAUUCGCCUCUGCAUUUCUGCAUUUCUGCCGUAUGAUAAACACCGCCCACCUAGCUCUCACGCGCGCUCCGUGAUUUGCACCUCUAAUCGGGUCUUUAAAAAAAAAAAGAGAGAAAAAAAAGGAAAGACACGCACCGGACAGCCAUGGCCGAGCGCAACUCCAGCGGCUUGAUGAUGAUGAUGAUGAUGGUGGAGCCGAGCCUCCCGGCGGAGGUGCGCGAGAAGCUGGCCGAGCUCGAGCUCGAGCUCUCUGAAGGAGACAUUACACAGAAGGGCUAUGAGAAGAAGAGAGGAAAGCUGCUAGCACCCUACAUACCGCAGAUACAAGGCGUAGACCCCUCUCUGCAGACGGAUCCCCGGAUCCCAGCGUCCUCUCAGGCGGCUCCUCUCACUUCCAAACAGAACAAACCCAGAGCGGCCAACUCACGGGACGAGCGUUUCAGAUCUGACCUGCACACAGAAGCAGUGCAAGCAGCUUUAGCGAAAUACAAAGAGAGAAAAAUGCCAAUGCCCUCAAAGAGACGGUCUGUUCUCGUCCAGUCCUCCGUGGAAGCCUGUACACCACCUGACACAUCCUCAGCAUCAGAGGAUGAGGGACGCAUGGCGUCGUCAUCGCCGUUCCAGGCACCAAAUCCCAACGUGGAACACUGGUUCAACCGCGUCAUCCAUCACCACUGCUCGUCCACUUCCUCCUCCGCCUCCUCCACCUCAUCGUACCCAGGUGGGCGGAGCCAGCACAGCACUAACUCCGCCUCAAACUCUGCCACAGCUGCUACUGUUCUGGCAGACGUCAUGGCUCACACACAGCUUGAUAACCACUGUGCUCCUCCGGAUGUCACAGGGCUGUCUGAGCGUUCGCAGGUAGCCUCGGUGAGAGGUCUUCCCCGCGGAUACACACACACACACCCCAGCAGCGCUAUGGACACGGCUGACGGUGUCCCCGUGAACAGUCGUGUUUCGUCUAAAAUCCAGCAGCUCUUGAACACACUGAAGAGACCCAAGCGGCCCCCGCUGCGUGAGUUCUUCCUGGACGAUUUCGAGGAGCUCCUGGAUGUCCAGCAGCCGGACCCAAGCCAGCCCAAACCGGAGGGGGUUCAGAUGACGCCUCUGCAUGGUGAGCUGUUAGACGUGGGGACAAAACGGCCGCCGUCGCUCCUGGCCUCUCUGCAGCGAUGGGGCACUACACACCCUAAAAGUCCCUGUCUCACUUCACUGGACAACACGGGCAAACCCCUCUACACCCUCACAUACGGGAAGUUAUGGACACGCAGUCAGAAACUAGCAUACACACUUCUGAACAAACUCAGCUCCCGGAAUGAACCACUGCUGCGGCCUGGGGACAGGGUCGCCCUCGUUUUCCCCAACAACGACCCUGUGAUGUUCAUGGUGGCGUUUUACGGCUGUCUGCUGGCAGAGUUAGUGCCUGUGCCCAUAGAGGUGCCACUUACACGAAAGGAUGCGGGCAGUCAGCAGAUCGGGUUUCUCUUAGGCAGCUGUGGCGUGACUCUGGCUUUAACUACUGAUGUGUGUCAGAAAGGCCUUCCUAAAGCUCACACUGGAGAGGUGGCCACGUUUAAAGGUUGGCCCCGUUUGCUCUGGUUUGUUACUGAUGGCAAACAUGUUGUGAAACCCCCUAAAGACUGGAAUCCUCCAAUCAGAGACAGCAGCAAUGAGACAGCCUACAUUGAGUAUAAGACGAGUAAGGAAGGCAGCACGAUGGGCAUCACCGUGUCACACGCCGCCAUGUUGGCUCACUGCCAUGCACUGACGCAGGCCUGCGGGUACACCGAGGGUGAGACCAUCACUAAUGUUCUGGACUUUAAGCGUGAUGCAGGCCUUUGGCAUGGCGUUCUCACUAGUGUGAUGAACCGGAUGCAUGUGAUCAGCAUCCCAUAUUCCCUGAUGAAGGUCAACCCUUUGAGCUGGAUCCAAAAAGUACACACCUACAAAGCACGCGUUGCUGUGGUGAAGUCGAGGGACAUGCACUGGUCACUGCUGUCUCAGAGAGAUCAGCGAGACGUCAGUCUGAGCUCAUUACGCAUGCUGAUUGUGGCAGACGGAGCCAAUCCUUGGUCGAUCUCCUCCUGCGAUGCUUUCUUGAACGUGUUUCAGGCUCGAGGUUUGAGGCCUGAGGUGAUUUGUCCGUGUGCCAGCUCAGCCGAGGCUCUGACUGUCGCCAUCCGCAGGCCUCCAGAAAUGGGAAUCCCUCCUCCGGGUAAAGCGGUUCUCUCCAUGAGCAGUCUGAGUCACGGUGUGAUCCGAGUCGACACGGAGGAGAAACUGGCGGUGCUCACGCUGCAGGAUGUAGGACAAGUGAUGCCCGGAGCCCUGGUGUGUGUGGUGCGACCGGAAGGGACGCCGUACCUCUGCAGGACGGACGAGGUGGGUGAGAUCUGUGUGAGUUCCUGCACUACGGGCGUGUCCUACUACGGCCUGACAGGCAUCACCAAGAACGUGUUUGAGACGAUUCCAAUGACGGCGUCUGGCUCUCCCGUUACUGAUCGACCGUUCACUCGCACCUCGUUGCUCGGCUUCAUCGGACCGGACGACCUGCUGUUUGUUGUAGGGAAGAUGGACGGGCUGAUGGUGGUCAGCGGGCGGAGACAUAACGCUGAUGAUGUAGUGGCGACUGCACUGGCGGUGGAGCCGAUGAAAUUCGUCUACAGAGGACGGAUUGCUGUGUUCUCUGUGUGUGUGCUCCACGAUGAGAGGAUCGUUGUGGUAGCGGAACAGAGACCAGACGCAUCCGAGGAGGACAGCUUUCAGUGGAUGAGCCGAGUGCUGCAGGCGAUAGACAGCAUCCAUCAGGUGGGUGUGUACUGCCUGGCGCUGGUUCCCGCUAACACACUCCCCAAAGCAGCGCUCGGUGGGAUUCAUGUGUCGGAGACGAAGCAGCGUUUCCUGGAGGGAGCUCUGCACCCCUGCACCGUGCUCAUGAGUCCUCACACCUGCAUCACCAACCUGCCCAAACCCCGCCAGAAACAACCAGAGGUGGGUCCUGCCUCCAUGAUUGUGGGGAACCUGGUUGCUGGGAAGCGAAUCGCUCAGGCCUGUGGGAGAGACGUGACUCAGUUGGAGGACCAUGAUCAGUUUCUGUACAUGCAGGAUGUUCUGCAGUGGAGAGCUCAGGCCACGCCCGAUCACCCGUUGUUCCUGCUGCUCAACGCCAAGGGCGCCGUGGCGAGCAGCGCGUCCUGCGUGCAGCUCCAUAAGCGUGCUGAGCGCGUCGCUGUGGCGCUCAUAGAGCGUGGCAGACUGAACGCAGGAGAUCACGUCGCACUGGUUUACCCACCCGGCAUCGACCUGAUCGCUACGUUUUAUGGCUGUCUGUACGCCGGCUGUGUUCCAGUAACGGUCCGUCCUCCCCACCCACAGAACCUGGCCACGACGCUCCCCACCGUCAAGAUGAUUGUCGAGGUCAGUAAGUCAGUGUGUAUCCUGACCACACAAGCAAUAAUGAAGCUCCUGAAAUCCAAAGAAGCCUCAGCUGCCGUGGAUGUAAAAACAUGGCCGAUGGUACUCGACACAGAUGAUCUGCCCAGGAAGAAACUCUCACAGAUCUACAAGCCGCCGACGCCGGAGAUGCUCGCGUACCUGGACUUCAGUGUGUCCACUACAGGCAUACUCGCUGGAGUGAAGAUGUCCCACGCUGCUACCAGUGCCUUGUGUCGCUCCAUAAAGCUGCAGUGUGAGUUGUACCCUUCACGACAGAUCGCCAUCUGCUUGGACCCUUACUGCGGCCUCGGCUUCGCUCUCUGGUGCCUCUGCAGCGUAUACUCAGGACACCAGUCUGUUCUGGUCCCUCCUCUGGAGUUAGAGAGUAACGUGUCAGUGUGGCUCUCGGCUGUGAGUCAGUAUAAAGUCCGCGUCACCUUCUGCUCUUACUCAGUGAUGGAGAUGUGCACUAAAGGCCUGGGCUCUCAGACCGAAGCUCUGCGGUUACGAAACAUCAACCUGUCGUGUGUGCGCACCUGCAUGGUGGUGGCCGAGGAGAGACCCCGCAUCGCUCUCACUCAGUCUUUCUCCAAGAUCUUUAAGGACCUGGGCCUCUCGCCUCGCGCUGUCAGCACCACCUUCGGCUGCAGAGUCAACGUGGCCGUCUGCCUUCAGCCCAACAGACUGGGCAACCUGGCUGAUCAGGGUACAGCUGGUCCUGAUCCCACCACCGUCUAUGUGGACAUGAGAGCACUUCGACAUGACAGAGUGCGGCUCGUUGAAAGAGGAUCUCCACACAGUCUGCCUCUGAUGGAGUCGGGGAAGAUCCUGCCUGGUGUAAAAGUAAUCAUUGCUCACACAGAGACCAAAGGACCGCUCGGAGACUCUCAUCUCGGAGAGAUCUGGGUUAGCAGCCCCCACAAUGCCACAGGAUAUUACACGGUUUACGGCGAAGAGGCGCUGCACGCCGAUCACUUCUGCACCAAGCUGAGUUUCGGUGACACGCAGACCGUAUGGGCGCGGACGGGAUACCUAGGCUUCCUGCGCAGGACGGAACUCACCGACGCCAGCGGAGAACGGCAUGAUGCCCUGUACGUAGUAGGAUCUCUGGAUGAGACGCUGGAGCUCAGAGGGAUGCGCUAUCACCCCAUUGAUAUUGAAACCUCUGUCAUCAGAUCACAUAAGAGCAUCGCUGAGUGUGCCGUGUUCACGUGGACUAACCUGCUGGUGGUGGUGGUGGAGCUGGAAGGCUUGGAGCAGGAGGCUCUGGAUCUCGUUCCCCUCGUCACCAACGUGGUUUUGGAGGAGCACUACCUGAUCGUGGGCGUGGUGGUGGUGGUCGACCCUGGCGUCAUUCCCAUCAACUCUCGUGGGGAGAAGCAGCGCAUGCACCUGCGCGAUGGCUUCCUCGCCGAUCAGCUCGACCCCAUUUACGUGGCCUACAACAUGUGAAACCAGGAGGGGAAAAAAACACAGGAAGAAAGUGACACAGGAACUGAGACGGUUUCUCCUUCUGCACAUCUUCAUGAUGAAUGAACAUGAUGGAACUAUGCAGUGUGUGUGUGUGUGUGUGUGUGUGUGUGUGUUUUCCUCUAAGGAAGACUGUUAAAUGCCUCUGAUACAAAACAGUGUCUCCCCAUUUCAUAACUAACUGACUGCGUACCAUUUUGGUUUUGUCGUCAUUUCAAAUAUCAGGUUAAAGGAACAUUAAAAUAUAUACAAUUUU